AUGAACUCAGCGAGCAGCCGGUCCCUGAGAGGAAGCUCGCUCCGGGUCGGGAACAAAGCUCACUUCGCCUGGUCGGGCGUCAACUUCACCUUGUCCCCCAAGACCGUCGCCAAGUCUCACAAGGACCCGCGCGUGCUCAAGAAUCUCUCGGGGGUCGCGCACCCAGGGGAGGUGAUCGCUAUCAUGGGAGCGAGCGGUAGCGGCAAGACGUCGCUGCUCAACGUGCUGAGCGGGAGGAUCAUGUCGAUGAACGGGCAUGUUGUGACCUCCAAGUUCUCCAUCAACGGGAACGCGAUCCAUGCCGACCAACUCGGCCCCAACAUCGCCUACGUGACCCAGGAGGACACGCUGUGCCCGACGGCGACGCCGCGAGAGGCGCUGGAGUUCAGCGCGAGGCUGAGGCUGCCGUCCUCGGUGUCGCGAGAGGAGCGAGAGCGGAUGGUGGAGGACGUGAUUCAGAUCCUCCACCUGGAGAAGUGCGCGGACACGAUGAUAGGAAACGAGCUGAUCAAGGGCAUCUCAGGCGGCGAGAAGAGGAGAACGAGCAUCGGCGUCGAGCUCAUCACCUCCCCGUCCAUCCUCUUCCUCGACGAGCCCACCUCAGGCCUCGACUCGUACGCUGCCUUCAACGUGGUGAACGCGCUCAAGGAUCUCGCGUCUCUUGGCUGCACCGUCCUCUGCACCAUCCACCAGCCCUCCUCGGAAGUCUUCCACCUCUUCGACCGCGUCCUCCUCCUCGCUGACGGCAGGACCUUCUUCGAUGGGCGGGUCGACCACAUGGCGCAGUACCUGCUCACCUGCGGCUACCCCGUGCCGCCUGAGACGAACCCGGCGGACCACGUGAUGUUCCUGAUGCAGACGCUGGAUAAGCAGGUGCUGCAGGGUAUCAGCGACCAGUUCGAGGUCGCCAGGAAGGGCUUCAACCCCCACGCUCAGGCUCAGAGUGAGGCCGGAAGGGGAGGCAUGCCACUGCACAAACUGAAGCGAAGCCAAGCGCCAUGGACGGUUCAGUUCAUAGCGCUGGGCAAGAGAGACAUACAGAGCGUGCUACGAGACACUGGGUCACUGAAGGCGAGAUACGGCUCGACCAUCAUGCUGACUCUCAUCUUCUCUCUCAUCUUCUACAAGAUCGGAGACUCGACGGACACGCAGUCUCACUUCGGAGCUCUCGCCAACCUCGCCAUCAGCGGCAUGUUCGGAGCCUCCCAGCCUGUCAUCCUCCUCUUCCCCUCCGAGCGCCCCAGGUUUCUCCGCGAGUACGCGACGGGCACAUACGGGGCGAUCCCCUACUUCUGGUCGAAGCUCGUGACGGAGCUGCCGUUGACGUUCUCGACCAGCAUCAUCACCUUCCUUGUCGCCUACUGGCUCGAAGCCCUCAAGGGCAACUUCAUCCUCCACGUCCUCACCCUGUGGCUCAUCGGCAUGGCCGCCUCCUCCACCGCCCUCGUCGCUGGCUGCAUCGCAAGCAACGUGCAGGUGGCCAUGCAGGCGGCUCCAGCCAUCUUCGUGCCUCAGAUCUUGUUUGCGGGCUUCUUCAUCAAGAUCCAACAGAUUCCCGUGUGGAUCCGUUGGGCUCAGUACCUCUGCUCCCUUAAGUUCGGCAUCAACCUCUUCCUCCUCAACGAGUUCAACUUGGGCUGCCCCGAGAGCUCCAGCCAGCACGCCAGCUGCAUGUCCGUCAUCACGCAGAACGACAUCAAGCCCGGAGACUGGUGGGUGUAUGGCCUUGUCCUCAUCGGCAUCUUCGUCUUCUUCCGCUCCCUCGCACUCAUCCUGCUCAUGAGACGGGCCAAGGGCUUCGCGCUGGCGUAA